GCGUAAUUAACUGGAGAGGGUACUGCAUACAAGUAAGAAUUUUUCAUAUUUUUCUCCAAUUGCCCGGUAACAUUUUCAGUUAGACAUUUCGUUAGAAAUUGUGCGUUGUUUGUGGGUGAACUUUUCAAACAAUAGAUUAUUGAUCCCUGGAUCAACUGUAUAGAAACGGCCAAAUUAAAACAAAUUAGUAUGGUUUUCAAACGGGUCACUCAUGUGAUAUUUGAUUUAGAUGGGCUUGUUUUAGAUUCUGAAUCUGGAUAUGAAAGGAUCAUGAAAUCAAUGGCAAAAGUGUAUGGAAAAGAGUACACGCCAGAUGUGAAGUAUAAGCUUCUAGGAACGACUGAAACGGAUUCGGCUUCAAUUUUUAUCAGAGAACUCGACUUAUCUGUAACCCUCGAAGAUUGCCUGGAAGAAUAUUACAAAAGGAUCGCUGUAGAAAUGUGUAAUCCACCAUUUAUGCCUGGAGCGAAAAGACUUAUUCAGCACUUGGCAACAAAUAACGUUCCAAUAGCAAUAGCAACGUCAUCUGGAAGAAAAAUGUUCAAAGUCAAAACACAAAACCAUCAAGAGGUCAUCAGGUUGUUCCAUCACAUCGUAUGUGGCACAAAAAAUCCAGAAAUACAAAAGGGAAAACCUGCACCUGAUAUUUUUUUGAAUUGUGCAUCCAAGUUUCCAGACAAACCAAAUCCUGAGCAAGUUUUGGUAUUUGAAGAUUCACCGAACGGGAUGCAAGCCGGAAUUGCAGCAGGAAUGCAAACAGUUAUGGUACCCUCUGCAGGUGUUAGUGAAGAACUAAGAAAACCAGCCACUUUAGUUCUAGAUUCUUUGGAGUCAUUUAAACCAGAAUUAUUUGGGUUGCCAGCAUUUUAAACUGAAGCGUACGUUGCAAUUAAAAUGCCAUAUGAGUUAAUUCUAUAAUUCAGUUAUUGUUAGAUAAAUAAAUUUUAAAUAUAAUUAUUAUAAUUAAA